AUGGCCAUCCUCGACCAUGCCACUGUCCAGGUGAUGUGUGAGGGCAAUCAGGCUACCGAAUACAAUGAUCCUGAGGACGACGUGGAGUCGAUGCCGGACAAUACCAUCUUGAAGUACAUCGAGGUACAGAGUGGAGCAUCUUUCGAGAUCAGAUGCGAAAUCGACUACCACCUUGACUGGAAAACUUCCGACGUCGUGAGCGCGCGUGUCAGUCUGGACGGUCAAGACGUAACAGGCAUCGCUAUCCGUAGGUGCACGUGUCCCAGACGACAUAAAAAACGCGGCGCUAUGAAAGGCGUCUAUUCUGGGAGUGGUAGCGAUGUCAAGUUGCUACAAUUCACUUUCGCCGACCUGGAGACUUGCGAUCUGGAAGUCGAGGAUGACAGGUCCAAAUUCAAAGAGAUGUUCGGAAAUCUUGGCAGUAUCAAAGUUGAGAUGUAUCGUGAGAAACUGUGUGGCUACACGGAGAGCUCUGGCAAAGCCAGAGUCAGUCCACGAUCAUCGGACCCCAUUCCAGAGAAAGGCCUGAAAGGCCGCCCUCUUGACGUAGCGACAACAUACAAGGUUGUUCCAGCUGAACGCAGGCAUAGAGCUGCACACACUGAGAAGGUCGAGGACGAGCCCUUUGCAACCUUUAUCUUCAAGUAUCUAACUAGACGCGGCCUACAGUCUCUAUUGAUCAUCGAUCGUUCUCCGACUCCGAUUCCCCUAGAAGAUCGUCCCAUCGAGGAGCUUACCCGUGAAGAGCUCAUGGAACUCGAGCGACGGCGCAGAGCGAACGGGGAGAUUAAACAUGAGAAGAUCAAGCGUGAGCGAGACUUGAAGGACGCGACGCCCAUGCGGCCUCUCAAGAAGAGCAAGGGGCCAAAUGGUUGCAAUGUCUAUCAUAUCGACUCGGACGAUGACCAGACCGAUGACCAGACCGAGCAACCUCUUGUCGAAUUUGGCGGCACAGAAGGUGAUAGCGACGUCGAGGUGGUGACUCUACGUUGA